AUGACAUCACGGGCGAACAAACCGGCAUUAUUCACGCCGUCGUCGGCUCCGCUUGGCUUCUUUAACGCUCCAGACGCUUCUGCCUUGUCUGCCUCCGUCGCGGUAGGUGACAAGGCGACGCUUAAAGCACGACUGACGGCAAUCGUCAACGAUGUGCAAAUUCCGAACCCCAAGGAGGCGCAGAAGUCCCUCAUGGAUCUCCGCGCGUUUCUCGACGCGGUGGCAGAGCAGAACGGCACCCACGUCCAAAACAUAUUUGGCCAACACGUGAUAAACAACAUUCUUUCUGUGGUGCUGGACAGUGUGGUGCGCCCGGCACUUAUGCAGUACUGCAGCGCCGCAGGGAAGCUUCGGCCAGUGACAAGUCGCUCAGCACUGCGUGGGGCGCCCGCUGUGCCGCGAAGGCGGCUGGAUGCGUCAUCGCUUGCCCUCUCCGCCGCUUUGGUCGCGGAGGGGGAGUUGGAUGCAUUUAGGAGCAACAAGGCGAAGAAGCUUCGCACAGAGGUGGUGCGGCCGUGGCGAACGCUCAUAGAAACGCUUCAUCACAACCUGUCCUCAUCGCUGAUGCUUGGGCCAACGUCCACGGCACUCGGGGUGUCCGGCAACAGCGACAGUGAGGAAGCAUACAUGGCAGCGGCGGCGGCAAACCGUGGGAGACAAGGCGGCAAUACUGAUGAGUCUGCCGCUGAGAACUCGCUUGAGGGGCCGUGGAUGACGUCCGCGACGGCAGCAAAUAGAACUGGGAUGUCUGCCUUGGCGGGUUCGCAUUUAACGCAACAGCUUUGGAGGAGGGCGCCGAAUCAUACCGCAUUGCCGUUGCUGUGGAAGAACGCUGUGCCACUCCUCUCUCUCACCCGGCAUGCGUUGGAGGUGCUGCAGUCGGAGGUGCUGGUGACCGUCUGCGGUCACGAGUACGCCCAGUUACUACUGCACCUUUUCCUAUUUCACGGCUACCUGUCCAAUUUGCAGCCGGCAGUGCUCAUGGAACUGUUCCUGCGACUCCUGGAAUUGCUAGAGAGGACCGUGUAUGAAUCGCAAAGCACAGAUGCCCUCGCCACCACCUCCGCCGUGACUGCUGCCGUAGCCACAAGCAGCACAUCCUCUCCGUCGGCUGCAAGGCCACUUCACUCUGAGGCUGGCAACAGCAGCAGCAACAACAACAACAACAACAACAACACGAGUCGUGGCGUUAAGGAAAAUGUGGCGGACGAGGUUCAUCAUCCGCCUGUGGAGCAGGGCACAAUGUAUGCGGCGCUGCUGGUUCAACUUCUCCGUGCCCCGCAACUGCUGAGCGCCUUCACGCCGUGCGAGGAUGGGGCGACGAUGUUGGUGGUGGCACCCACAGCACAUACGGCGACGAUUCCGUGCAUGAUGCAGCGGCUAGUGCGACUGACGAUGCAGCGGCAUAUGCGUCCGACGAGUGCGUUACGUCUUGAGACGCAUUUGCUUGUGGCCGUGAAUCUUCUUGUUUCCGUGGCCCGGGACGACUACCCGUUGGCCUCGGCCACACCCUUGGAGCUGGUGAGGCUGCUUUGCCACCUUUACUACGCCACAACCCGCCGGGACGGCUGGCGCAUGGAGGCACUGACGCUCAUGACAACACAAAUCUGUGUCUGCUUCUCCGCCGUCCUGGGACAGAGCGUGCGAGCCGACAUUGCACGUCACCGGCCGCGUGGGGUACGCUACGCGCGCGGGGCGGUGCCAGAAGAUGGAACGGCUGAGAGUACAGACACAGACCCAAGUGGCGGCACGAGGGAAACCAUAGCACGGGCAGGCCACCCCGUUCAAGUGUCUCCGUCUUCUCUAACGCUGUUACAUGAAACUGUGAUGCCUUUCAUGCUGCAACUCUUUACCGUUGUCCGCAGUGAGUUUAGUCACGUUUCUCGUCGUGAGCUGUUUCACUUUCCAUGUCCACCGCUCGCCCCGCUCUUUGACUUUGGAGCCGUCGUGCUGUACCUUGCGUGCGCCACACAUGAUGCCUACGUGACCCUCCCCUCUUCAUCAUCGUCUGGCGUCGUGCCUGCUUCGACGACGACGACGACGACGACGACAACACCGACGGUAAACGAUGAUGCCUCCUUCAAGGUUGGUGUUUGGCAGCAACAAGAGCAGAAGGGCGUGAAACGAGCACGCGAGGAGGACGAUGAGGCUAGUAGGCGAAUAGGAGAGGCCUUGAGAUGCAAAACACGGCCCACUCCGCUUCAACCGGGGGAAACACUGCUACAGUUGUUUCGCUCGCUUUUCUUCUUGGACAGCAUGCGUGACGAAGCAACAACUCGGGAAACGGCGACGAGGUCAGAGAGAGAUGGUGUCGCUAACGUCACAGGGGCAGAGAAGCGGGAUGCAGAUUGCCUGUUGCGUGUGAGUGCAGCAGCAGGUGGAUCACUUAGCGCCGCCGCGGUGCAAGAACUUGUCAAGGACGGCUCGCUUUUUAUGCUGCAUCUGCUUGCACAGCCUGGAGCGACACUCGGGUGCAGUGAGCGACAGUGUACACUACUAGUGGAACACGGUGUUCUUCCGCUUUUCCCCUACUACGGUGCGAGGCUGGAAACACUACUACUCGCGGUGCUUCUCGCCAUCGCUCCGCGGGCGUCGUUCAUGUGUCAGCGGGAUGUUUUUCGCUGGCUUGUCCGUCGCUACAUGCCGACGGUGGCCACCCAGCGCGAUGAUGAGAGCCAGCCGAAGGAGCAGGUGUACCGUCUACUUUCCUUGCUUCUGGGACACGGUGUUGUAGGACAAUGGCCGUUGUUGGUGUGCGGCGACGAGCGUGCCAGGCUGCAGGCCGCGGCCCACUUCAGCGCCAUUACCGCAAGAAUUCGUGCCGUUUUGUACGGCGCAGCAAAAGCGGCAUCAACAACAGUCGCCAACGCCCAGCAAACGACGACAGGCUUGCCACCUGCAAUGAUGGCCUCGUUGAUUGCGGCGGCGACGGGUGGGCAUAGAGCCAAGACCGGCCUCUCCACGGCGCUCUUCAUGUCAAUGCUGCAGUUUUUGUCCCUGUACCACCACUACGGCGCAGCCUCGACUGAGAUCCUUACUGCUCAGCAGAAUGCGGAGAAGAAGAAGGAGCGCCUGUGGCACGCUGACCGCCCCAGUGCCAAUCACACCGCCACCACCGCCGUCUUGCAGGAGCAUUAUGCAAUGGAGCUCCCCUUAACGGCGAUGCAUCUUUCAACAGGGGUGGAGUUUGUGAUAUCCGGCGUGUCACAUGCCGUUUGCUUCUUUCCGCACGACGAGGGCGUCGUCUGGUGUCAUGACACUGACACUGCUGCCGCCGCUUCGACGUGCGCCGCCGCGUUUCUGCAGGCCCUUCACUGGGUGGAGGAAUUUGUACUUGCCGCCUCUCUCACCGUGACCGAAAAUGAAUUGGGGUGGCAGCACUCACUGACGGCGGGGGGAGCUGCAAGUGAGGCCGCCAAGGGCACAAAGCCGCUUCGUGGGCAUGGCGGUGACAAGACUGCGGCUUCGGUGCAGCGUAUGAAACGGCUUUUGGCAAGGUCUCAUCACACCAUGGAUGCAGCAUUCAUUGCACCCGAAAAACACGUGCCCACUGCGGUGUGCGAGGCGGCAGAGGGACACUGGCUACUGCUGCAUGAGUUUCUUGUCUCUUCCACAGAGGCAUCACUGACGGGGAUUGAGGCUGCGCGAGCGGAAGCCGGCGACGUCGACAACGACAGCGGCGGAGGAGAGGAGGCGGAUGACUCGGAGUUAUUCUUGGGGCGACUGCGUCGUGGCGAUAUACCACUAGGCUUUGUGGAAGUACUCGCGGGGGAGGUGGCGCGUGCCAUUGGGGAAAUGGCGGAGCGCUCAAAAAUGGUUGGGACCGCAACUGUAGAUUUGACCGGGGCAUCCGCGUUGCAGCAGCAGCAGCAGCCACAGCGGCGUGAAGUGGACGAGGACGCGGUGGCGACGGCGCAUCGGACGCUCUGUCUACAUACCGUGCAGCUGAUGCAUUUACUACUGCGCCUCUUUCGGCUUGGUGUUUGGCAACUCCCGCUGGGGCCCCGUUCACGCCCAAACGUUGGUGUUGAGGGCCCAAAUACUGACAUGAACCGUAAUACUGAUAGUAGUAUCAGCCAACGGAAUGGGAAGGGCUCUAAUGAGGCUGAGGAGGAUGAUCUCUGCGUACUGGCUGACACACCCUAUGCGCAGUUGUUUGAUCAUCCUGUGUCUACACUGCGCCGGUUGUCCCCCGAAGGGCAAUUGUACUAUGCCGUGAUGUGGAUCUGUCGACAUCUUUCCACCCGACUACUGCUAGGCUCUGUUGUGCGGGAUCGUGUGCUGAUGCGGGCACUGUUGAUUCUUGUCCAUGAUGUGGGCAUGGUCCUGCUGUCGCAAUCCUUUGCGCUGUGGGAGCCGAGGCAAGUAGUACUGUCAUUUGCAGGCGUCGUCUGUCGUCGUGCGCUGGACGAGGGUGUUGUGAAGCUUGCAGCAUGGACACCAACGAAUGCGACAUCCGCAGACGCUGUGGCGGCCGUUCAUGCGACCAUGCAGUUAAGCUGCAGUUUGCUCAGUGCCAUUCUUACGUGUGUGCGCCGAACACGCGUGUUGGCGGCAUCUACCGAUCCACUAGUGGAUCCAGGGCGUGUCACAGCCGUCAUCGUCAAUAUUCUCGAGAAGGAUGGUCUAAUCCCCGCCGCGAAGGCUGGGCUGAGCCACGGCAGUGAGCAUCUCUCGAGUAGCACACGUACGACAGGGAUCCCCGCCCCCCAUGACGUUCUCAAACUGAAUCCUUUUCUUCCUUUUUCACUGGCCGUUGUGGAUGACCUGCUGGGGCUGUUGCAGGUGUUGCAUGAGUCCUACGACGACGCACAGGCGCGGCAGGUGGCGCGUCAGCUGCGUGAGACGCUCUUUGCACGUUACCGAUACGGUCUGGCGGAAAGCAUUUUUGCGAGCUUCAGCCACUACGCGCCACUGCACCGCGCUGCCGCGUCUCACUUGGUUGCUGAGAUGGGGAAUGACGAGGAGGAGGAGGAGGAGGAGAAUGAGGUCCCAAUGGGUAGGCAGGCAACUGGGGGGUGUCACACGCGAGAGAGACGCGAGAAGAAGGGAGAACGAGGUGCCAGCGACGACAGACUUCGUGAAGAAGGGCGGCUGCUCGAGACAUUUGUGGAUCAAUUGACAGAUGUCUCACGGAGUGAUAUGCCGGUGUUGACGCCGCAGUUGCAGUGUGCGGUGUUGUCCGGUAUUUACGGUGUCUUGUUUCGCUGCGAUGCACUGGUGGCGGAGAAGCUUGGAAAGUACCUCUUCUCGUUCCUUUCCAUCAAGACACCAUACGUCGUCCGACGGCACACGGCGUUGCAUGUGCGGUGGCUGUUUCGUCGUUUUACCUCUCAGACGUACGUUGUUUUGCAGGAGCUGCUGUAUCGUGCACGGGAGGGCAUUGCAUCGAUAAGUCCCAUGCACGCUGCUACGAGCUUGCGUGCUCUUGGUGAGGCGGCACAUGCGGCGCCGACGCUUGAGGCAGACAUCAUCUGCACUCUGCUGGAGUGUUGGGCGACGCAAGGCUUUGCCCAUAAAGGUCUGCUGUUGGAGUGUCUUGAGUUGAUUGGGAACUACGCAGGGACACGCGAGCGGGGUCUUGCCGCGGCUGGAGCGACGGGAAGUCGGACAGGGAUGAACUCGCAGCAGCUCUGCCACUACCACUGUGAGCGACUACUGUUUGACUGGCUCUGGUGCCUGGGCCAUCCCAUGGAGGCAUUUCCUGUCGUCUGCUUUGGCUACACCGGGCUGCCGCAGAUGUGGCGGGAGCUCAUGCCAACCCUGGUUCCCCUGGCGCUGCUGUGCAGCUCAAGACGCGGUGAGGCGGAGGAGGCGUCUGUCUUUCUUCACCCCAGUGAUCUGCUUUGGCGGCUGGCCGCGUGCCACACUCACGCUGGGGACGCGAUGUCCACCGCCGCACGGACGCGGGAGUCGCUGGUGAGAUGUGUGCGGGCUUACUUUCCAGAUGUUAUGGCGCGUCUGCUUGUCUUUGCGGCACUGGCGAGGCGCCGCAGUGGCGGUGACAGGGGCGGGGAGGAGUCGCGGGAGGUGGCCGAGGCCGCCAGUCUCGCACUGGAGUGGCUGCGGUCAACCUUCUCGACGGAGUACGCACCACUCGUUCACCGCCACGCGGAUGCCAUCUUGUGUCGGUUUGUGGGCCUCGUGGGCACCAUGAUGCCGCUGGUACGGGUGCGUCCCUUGCAGGAGGCGGUGGCGCUCCUCUGCGACAUCGUUGCCACUGCCGCCGCGCCUCCGGCGUCGCCGCCCGUGAUCGCUGCGGGCAACAAGGUGGAAGCUGACACCCAUCCGUAUCUGUCGCCACUGUGUACAAGGACGGCCGUCGAUCGCUUCUUUGCCGGCGAGGGCGGGGACCAUGCGUACGUGCUGCUGCAGCAACUUUACUUGGGCCUCACGCGCGAAGUCCACCGCGGACAGAGGCGUGCGAUGCUUGCACUGCUACUUGAACACAUUGUGAGGCGGUGGUGGAGCUGCGAGCUCCUUCAACGCGUACCACACAUUCUCCAUACGGUGCUGCGCCUCUGUGGAAAUCUCCUCAUGACGUGUGUCGACGCCCGUCCACAUACGUGUAAUGUUCUGCUCUAUGCCUGGACAAGCGCGGUGGUGCCGGUGAGAGCCACCUCCCCCGCAUUCUCAGCGCGGCUUUUUGCUGCGGAUGAAGUGUUUAUUUCAACCGUCAUGUUAGCUCUCGCGGAGGAGUCGCGGGUUGUUGCCUCCACGUGGGUCGCCAUCUGCCGCGCAGACACCGCGCUGGAGCGGCAGGACUGGCACUUGAAACAUCCGAGUUGCACCGCGGAGGAGGUUGUGCCGAAGGAAGAGGGGAAGACGCAUGAAGUGCGUGUCACUCUGCUGGGAGCUCAGGAAGCGGAAGCGGAAGCGGAGGAGGAACAUCACAGGCAUCGUGGUGCAACGGGCGGGGGUAAAGAAGGUACAGGCGCCCAGCCGCAGAAGAGGGAUGACGCAACGCUCAGCCUGCAUGAAGCCAUGCAGCGGGUGACACAUGUAUUACCGUUAUUGAAAGGCACCGUGCUUGUCUCUGGUGCACCCGCCUCGUCCUUUUACACGGAUGCCGCGGCCGCUGUAGAUCGUGCCCGUCCUGCCUUUAUCCACCUCAUACGAGCUCACCUACACGAGGAUGCAGAGGCGGAGGAGGAGCAGCUGCGGCGAGGGUUACCUUCCGCAGCAGCGGUGCAAGCCGUGUAUGAGGUGUGCUGUCGUGCGGUUCAGAUUUUGUUGACGUUGGUGUGCGCCGACGACGAGGCCACCGCCACCACCGCGACGACGGGUGGUGCGACCACGGCUGCUAAGCUGUCACAGGCAGCAAGUCGGGAGCUGCAGGUCAGCGCAUUUCGUUUGUUGCGUGCAUUGUGCUGGUGCUUUAUUGGGGCAGGUGCCGAGGGCCACGUGGAUGCCCUCUUGUGCCCUGUUGGCGCCAUGCAGGCGAUGUUGCAGGAGUGCCCGCUGGACGAGAUGCUUCAUCGCAUGUAUCGUCAACAAAUGGAGCAGUUGUACCGUCUUGCCUUUGACGCGGAUGCCUACGUUGCCCAAGUUGCUUCCACCACGCUGCGUGGCUGGCUGUGCGGCACCACCGCCGACAAGGACGGUGGUGGCGCCGCUGAGCACGGGAUGAAUGGAGUUUCGGAGGGUGCGGGCAACUCCACCAGAGCUGUUGCUGCGGCGUCUAACGGUAAUCGCCGCCGUGGCGCCGGUGAUGAGGGCAAUCUCAUUAAACGAGCCCUAGAACUCAUGCAAAGUGAUGCGAGGCAAAACGAGGAUGCGGAGCAGGAAAUACCAGCGGCAGCGGCUCCCAGACGCCUCAAGUACGAUGGUGUCGAAGGCGAUCAUCUUUCGUCGAGUAUUUGUCUGACGGACAUUCUCCCAUUUCAUCGAUGUCUGGUUGGUGUUCCGCCGUGCACGCAUGCGAUGCCUCCAGAAGAAGCAGUGCUGAGUGUGGCCUCGUUGCUGGAUGACGUCGUGUGGGACACCUUGACCGUACACGAAGAUGAGUCACAGUUUCCGCGUCUUUUCCUUGUUGCCUUCAUCCGGCAGUACAACUUGCACCACCGCUUCUCUAUCGUCGCUACGCUGCUCCGCCACCUGCUGCUGCGCCCUGUUGCCGGCAGAAGUGGCAGUCUGAUGCGGUUUAUCGAGAGUUUGCUGCCCAUCCUGCUGCUACACGCAAUGCUGCUGCGGGAGAGCGAGACGCAACGUUCGCAGCGUGCCGCGUGGUCGCGAGCGCUCGAGACGCAUCUCUUUCAACAGGCGUCUCGGUUUCGGCAUACAGCUCGGCUAUUUUUACGGGCACUAAACGUCUGUCAUUCGGUGUUGAUGACGGUUGUGCGGAGUCACGGGGUGCGGUCGGAAAGCUCUGAGAGCUUCCCGUUUUCACGGGCGUCGCCGUCGGAGUUGGAGGCCGUUGCUGCGGUACUGACGUUCCCACUUUUUGUGCGCAGCGACUACGGAGACCUUCCGGAGGUGUCGGACGUGCGGGAGUCCUACUGGCUGUCGGAUGUCAACCCACUUGUCCUGGCGUCCGCUGCGGUGGCCUGCCACGAACCGCACCUCGCCGUGCUGUUUACGGAGCUCAGCGGGGAGUCCCUGCUUGGGCGCCGCAAAGGCAUCCCCUCCGCCGCAAUGACGGUUGUUGGCCAGCCCAAGUGCUCUGUCUUGUUUCCUGCCAAGCAACAGCCCUCUUCGCGCGGAGAUGCGUCGGCAGAGGGUCCUAGGCGGAGACUCCGCGGGGAUGCGGCGGAGGCUGCCAUGACAGAGCGACUCGCCACGUACCGCGCAGCCGUCUACGCCGUUCUUGUCGAUGUGGAGACCACGUUGCGCUUCCGUGGCCUGAAUGACAACGCCGGGACAGUUGUUGCUGCCAACAGCGGCAGUUGUGGUGGCAUGGGCGGUGGGGGAGAAAAGGAUGCCGCUGCUCUAGUUGGGGCCGCCACUGUGAUGCGGACCAUUGACAACGGUGGGGCCGAGGAUGCGUCCAUGUCACCCUGGGAGGAGGCAUUUUUUCUGCAACAUCCGGUGCGACUCAUUGAGCGUGAAAAGAACUGCGAAAAUUGGCCCGCGGUGCUGCUUCUACUCGAUCGCAUUGAGAACGCCAUGACGUCGGCGCACGUCUCUGCAGGAGUUCGUAUCCAGUACAAUGGCAGCGGGUUUUCCAGCGCCCGCCUGUUGGUGGAGAAGGCAAAUGCGCUGCUGCAGCUGGGGGCGGCUGAUUCUGCACUUCAGAUGCUUUCGGCGGCGUUGAAGCGGCAGGUUCGCACAUCCUUCCUUGCCGCUGGUGCUGAGAAGUGGGGCAACCACGCGGUCAACGAGGAAACGGAAGAGGCGGCGGAGGAUUACCUUUUACGGCUACGCUCGGCACUGGCAGCCACCCUCUGGCGUCUCGGUCGCUGGGAUGUAGACUGCCUUGGGGAAGAAGAGCCGCAUCUGCGUCACCAGCGGGAUCUAGGGCAGCUUCUGCCGUCCCUCAUCUCGGUCGACGAGGGGAUUUUUUUUGCCAUGCGCGCGAUACACCGCGGUGAACACCACAACGUGCGACGGUGGACCACGCGGGCGCUGCAGCGAUUGGUCUGCCAGUUUGAUGCGACGAACUGGUUCCAGCUAAUGUUGCAGGCAGAGGCCCUGCACGAUAUUGAGGAGAGCGCUGACCGUUUCUUGCGUUUGCCCGCUUCCCCCGCCGUGGGGGAUGGGGGUUCAGCGAGGCAGCAACCGCCACCGCCGUGGGUGCACGCGUCGUUGGCCCACGUACGUGCCCCGUACCGGGAUCUGGAGCUGCUGGAUAGUGUGCAUCAUCGCCUGUGUGUGGUGCACCAGCAGCCGCAGUGGUGGCUCGCGCACCUGGAGAACAGCAGUGCGCGUGCCCUGCGCGGUAACAGAGCCGCACUGGUGCAUCAAUGGCUCUCCGCCUACGCGGAGUUUAGUGAACCUUCCGACAGACAAGGCAGCAGGGGCCGAGAACUGCAGCAGCCGCAGCGCGUUCCUUCACCUCAAGGUGGUACAAUGUUUGAAAACUUGACCACCGCACAGGAGUUACCUGCCAUGGCCUUUCUCGCACUUGUACAGGCACGUGCAGAGUUUGUGAGUGGCCGGCCGCAUCGUGCGAUUGCGAUUCUUCAGAACACGGAGCAGACUCCGUUGGCUGCCACUGCGGUGGGGCAUGGAUUGCCCUUCCCGAUGCCGGCGAAUGCGUCGCAGAUGCCGGCGGUGGUGCAUCAGCUUGUCGUAUGGGUCAGAGAGGCUCGGCUUGUGCCGCUUUCGCAACUUGUACGCGAUCCUUUCCUUUUGUCGUCUGUCAAGAACGAUCGCAGCGGUGUGUGUUGCCUGCAGCUGGCCCGUUUGUGUCACGCUUUGGUGCGCGACAUCACGGUACGCCUGCAGAGCGAGGAGUACCGCAAACUUCAGGAAAGUAUUGAGGCC